AUGGCAUCCUUGGAUGCUGCUGGACAUCUGGCGAGGGUCUCCACCAUAUGCGUCUUCCACUGGACCUGCAUCAAAGCAAAGGAGCGCCUCGCUACGAGUUCCCCACAGAACAUCUCAACGAUGCUGGACAGUCAGCGCAGGCCAUUUCACUGCGACUAUCACAGCAAGCGGGAGCGGCAGGCAAUGGCAACGGGCACUGUCACUUCUCCACGAAGCACUUGUCACAAAGGUGGAGGUCAGCAUCGCCAGUUACAACGCUGGGAUCAGCGCAUGCCAGAAAGCCAAGCAAUGGCAGCUGGCGCUGUCGUUGCUCAGCGAGAUGUGGGAGGCGAGGUUGGAGCCCGACACCAUCUCAGCUACAACGCCAGCAUCAGCGCGUGCGGGACAGGCAGGCAGUGGCAGCGGGCUCUGCGGCUGCUCAGCGAGAUGUGGGAGGCGAAGCUUGUGGCCAACUUACAACGCUGGGAUCAGCGCGUGCGAGAAGGGCGGCCAGUGGCAGCAUGCCCUCGCGCUGCUGCGCGAGAUGCGGGAGGCGAUGCUGGAGCCCGAGGUCAUACCAUCUACAACGCUGGGAUCAGCGCUUGCGAGAAAGGCCGGCAAUGGCAGCAGGCUCUGUCGCUGCUGAGCAGGAUGUGGGGCGCAAAGGUGGAGCCCGACCCCUGGUCAGCUACAACGCUUUGA